AUGGUGCCCACGCCCCGAUCAUAUGCCAGCGGCGCCAGGCAUAGACCGACCCUUGAGAUCGUCCCAGAAACCCGCUUCAUCGUCUUCAACGGCAGCGAACAUGAGGCGCAGUCCUUCAAGCUGCGGGGUGUCGUCCGCCUCACCACACCGGACGCCAUGAGCAUCAUGAAGCCCAGGAUACGGCUAGAAGGAAAGCGCAAAGUCACUUGGUACCAUCCGUCGGGCAUGAGUCAGAUUCAAAUGCAAGAGAAGAGCGCUUUUUGGGAGCAGGAUGCGAAGUUGGGCGGCAUUGAGAGUUCACACAAGAUCAAGGCCGGCACCAUAGAAUGGCCGUUCGAAUUCGAGCUCUCGCCGGCGAUGCCCGAGAGCGUGGAGGGCCUUAGAGACACAUUUAUAGCAUAUCAUCUGCAUGCGAGCGUAUCGCGGCCGGGUUGGAAUGCCAAAGAUAUCGUGUCGCAGGAGCACAUUCGGCUGGUGCGAACUCUCGGCCAAGAGAGCAUGGAGACCACUCGUAGUAGAGUCAAUGCGGACAUUUGGGCAAACAAAAUCUCCUACAGCAUCUCCAUACCCACCGAUGCUAUCGUCUUCGGCACUUCAAUCACCGCAGAUGUGGAGCUUUCGCCCAUCAAAAAGGGCAUACGAUUGGGGAGGGUCGAGCUGCGACUGCUGGAGACUGUAGUCAAACGAGUUGACCGACCGGCAAUGACCUACUACCCGAGCAGCAAGACAGAGGAAAUUGAGGUUGCAAAGCAGGACAUGGACUUUCCGGAAGAGUCCCGCGUCACUUAUGAGGAUGAAAGUGUGGAGAACCCAACGUUGGCAGACGAAAUGUACAAGUUCCAGGCCACCCUCCCUCUGCCCAAAUCACUCAACAAUUGCAGACAGGAUGUGGACGCCCACAACAUCAACAUCACGCACCGUUUCAAGCUCAUGGUCAACAUCCACAACCCAGAAGGUCACAUCUCACAGCUGGUCUGUAGAUUACCGGUCAAGCUCUUCAUCUCUCCCAACUUGCCUGUCGAUGAGACCAACCAGGUCAACCCAUCAUCGAAUGGCAUUUCCGAUGCAGAAAUCAACUCGAAUGAAACGAGUAUCGUCGCGCCUCCGGAAUAUGGCCGACACCAGCUGGACCAGAUGUACCGCGACAUUGACCCCAGUGGCUUUAUGAGCAGAGCGGGAAGUGGACCUGGAACUCCUGCUGGACUGUAUGCCCAAUCACGACGAGGGUCUCAUGAGAAUAUCAUGUCACUCAACGGUCUGGCUGAUGGCGACAUGUCCUCGGCUCAUCAUGGUAGUGCCAUGCCCCAUCUUCUGCACUCGCGCCUCGCCAAUCUCCAGGAAAGUAAUAUGAGCGACGGGUUCCAGAACAUGGUCAACACACGACGUCACAGUCCUUCGGGUGGUAACUCCCCUACUCCCGGGUCGAUUCCCGGGUCCGUGGAUACUAACAGUGGCUUCCAUUCACCUGACCGAGGAUUCAUGCAUCGAUCAACGCCUCCCGUUCGCAAUGAGUCUGGCUACUUUAGCACGCAUGGCCACUCUCCCCACAUCAGUGCGCCCAUGUCACGUAGGCAGUCAGAUGACGAGUCUGUUCAUCAGCAGGACUACGACAUGGAUGGUCUCGCUCGAGUGCCGUCGUACGGGGCGGCACUUCGUACUCCAGGAGCGGUAACGCCUUUUACCGAGGGCCCGCCGUCCUAUCUCGACGCCACAAGUCGACCUCCCAGUCCAGUGUACUCGAUUCAACGUCCCGGACCAGCUCAUGUACGAACAGGUGGCAGCACGCCUAAUUCGAAUAGCUCUCAGCACACUUUGAUGGCACCGUUGGCGAACUUACAUAUGACGUCUAGUACACAGACGAGGCCGUCAAAUCGUGUGCAUAGUCAAUCAGAGGAAGAGUCGAGGUUGAGAAUGCUUCGGGCGAGAACUUAG